UGCUCUCAGCGAUGAAGAAAUACAACAAAACAAGACUAAAAACUCGUCGAUACCAUUCAAACCGCCAAAAACGGAUAAAACAUUGGGCGAGGAUUGUUUACUACCGGCUGAAUGUUCACAAUCUAUGCAUUUAAUGUGUAUAUCACGGGUGUGUCAGUGCGAUGACGGCUACCAUAAGACCGGCAACAAUACAUGUGUGGCCGACGCGGCCAAGACUGAAUCUAUGGAAACAAAGUCUUA